CAGAGCAAGGUAUAAAAGCAAAUAAUAAAAUGUCAGAUUUUUCUACAUUGGCAUACGUGUCGAGGUGCCUAUAAACGAAUUAGGAAUUAAUAAAUUUACACUUAUUUUACCAGGGUUUAACCGAUCUAAAAAGGAUAAAUCAUGAGUAAAUAUCUAAUUACCUCAAUUGUGUUGCUUUGUGCGCUACAAACAACAUUUGGACUUUACUUCCACAUAGGUGAAACAGAGCGCAAAUGUUUCAUAGAGGAGGUGCCUGACGAGACAACAGUCAUCGUGAAUUACAAAGUGGAACUUUACGAUCCGCGUUCUAAUGGAUUCAUGCCGUCGUCACCCGGCAUUGGCAUGCAUGUGGAAGUACGUGAUAGCGAUGAUAAAGUUAUACUCUCACGCGUUUAUAGUUCCGAGGGUCGCAUCUCCUUUACUUCACAUAUUCCCGGUGAACACGUAAUUUGCAUGUAUUCGAAUAGCACAGCUUGGUUUAGUGGGGCACAAUUGCGUGUCCAUCUGGAUAUACAAGUGGGCGAACACGCCAUCGAUUACGCGAAUGUAGCACAAAAAGAAAAAUUGACUGAAUUACAAUUGCGCAUACGUCAAUUACUUGAUCAAGUGGAUCAAAUCACCAAAGAACAGAACUAUCAACGUUACAGGGAGGAACGUUUCCGUCAUACGAGUGAAAGCACCAACUCGCGCGUUUUAUGGUGGUCGUUGGCACAAACAUUCGUUCUGGUCUGUAUGGGCUUCUGGCAAAUGCGGCACUUAAAGAGCUUCUUCGAGGCAAAGAAAUUAGUAUAAAGUUUUAUAACGAACGAGUAAGCGGGUGAAUACGAAUACAACAACGGCGGCAAAUUGUUAAUAUUUAGUGAAAAUAAUUUUUGAAUACACACCCUCGGAAGCAAUGCUAAUUAGAAGUAAUUUCAGAAUAUAUGAUUUUAAAAGUUUUUCGAAGUGCCAACAUAUGGGAAAACUAACGUCGACACUAACCAAGUUCAUCCACUUCAUUUAUUCUCAAUCUCAGUUGCUUAUCAAUACAAAUCUUUAUAUCAACACACUCUGUUUUGCAAAGAAUUGCUCAGAAAUAAAAUUAUAGUACUUUAUAAUAUAGUAAAUUUGUUCUGAAUAACAAUGAAACUUUGUAUUAAUCCUACCCAUUUCUGUUUCAUAAUUCUUAGUAAUAAAAAAAAGUAAAUUUAAUUAAA